CUUCCUCACAACUGCACAGCUGGAGCACAGAUGUUGAUGAAAGAUGUCGCUAUGAAAUACACGAUAAGCACUUCUCGAAAGCAGUUCGAAUGCCUGUGAAAUGUCGGGCAAGCGGCUCAUCGACGCCUCCAAACUUCUGUCCGCUGGCGGCUCAAUAGCAAAGAAUCACUUCCGGAUACGAAAAGAGCAAUAUGACCUGUUCACUAAGACCUCGGGAGUGGCAAAGGCUGUGCAGAAUCAGACAAGUCGCGUGACAGUCACCGUCGGUGCCGCGAUAGAAUUGGCAAAAAGAUUCAACGACGAUCGGCCAAGCUGGCAGAAACAGACAGAGGAUGGCGUGGACUAUGCUAAACAACAAGCUCAGGCGGUGAACACGGAGGCUGAGAACAUUCGCAAGGAUCUGAAGACCGCAGCGGUGAAUGCUGGUUUGGAAGCACAGCCAGCUGAGGAGGGAAGAGCGCGGGAUGAUGGCACACUGGCUAGUCUGCGAAAACGUGAACAGCAGCGGCAGGCUGAGGCACAAAUACCAGCGCAGGCAGCAGAGACACAACCUGGAGCGAAGUCUGAAGUUGGACAGGACACCUUCAAUGAGAGAUCUGAAUCUGUCACUCCUGAGCUAUCCUCUCUCCCUCGAACGAAGCUACCACGGCACGCGGAGGAGGUUCCGGAAUCGAGUCAGGGACUUCAGCAAAAAGAGAUCAACUCAGAGGUGUACCCAUCACCAGCUCAAUCGAAAGAUGCAGAGUCAGAGUCACUGCCGGAAGGCAUUGACCAGGUCUUCCACAGCCCGCGGAUAGGAAAAAUGCUGGGUGCCUCUGGAGGUGCUGGCACGAACCCAUAUGCGAAGAGGCAGAAGCUACCUCCGAAGCCUUUACCAGAGAUGAUCGAGGCUGCAAGGCGGCGAGACGAGGAAAAGAAGGCAAAGGAGCAGCAAAGCGUCGAGACCGCGCAGGAUACGUCACGACUCGCUGAAGAUGUCCAGCCGCAGCCAGUCAGUCAGAACGUUACGCACGACCAUGAGACGCAGCAGCUCGCCGCGGAGAUAGCGAGUGCUGCGGAUCCACAAGCUGCUGGUGCUCUAACAAACGAGGCAGACCAGCAACAGUCCAAAGCUUUCGAGAUGCGCGAGUCCCGGGUGCCCGCAACGCGAUUUGGACGUAUUUGGCAGUACGGCGGCCUUGCCACAAGUAUGGCAUUUGGUGCAGUUGGCGAGAGCUUCAGCAGACUGGUUGGGGGCGGAAGCACGGGCAGUCUCAUGUUGAGCGAAGGAAACAUGAACCGACUGGUCGCGAAGCUCAGUCGAAUGCGAGGUGCGGCUCUGAAACUAGGUCAGAUGAUGAGUUUUCAGGACAGCAAAAUCUUGCCACCAACGAUCAACGCGGUUUUGCAGCGAGUACAGGACAGUGCUGACUACAUGCCCUCGUCACAACGAGACAAAGUUCUCAGCAGAAACUUGGGCUUUGACUGGAGAGAGAAAUUUGCGAGCUUCGAAGAGAAACCAUUCGCCGCUGCCUCGAUUGGACAGGUGCACAAAGCGACACUAAAAACUGACAAAGGCGAGGUGAAAGUAGCGGUCAAGGUGCAGUAUCCUGGUGUGCGAAACAGCAUCGACUCUGAUCUGAACAACCUCUCUUUGCUGUUGACUGCGUCCAAGCUGCUGCCGAAAGGACUCUUCCUGGAUCGCACCAUUGCAAAUGCGCGGACGGAACUGGGCUGGGAAUGCGACUACGAGAGGGAAGCCAAUGCGUGUAUCAAAUUUCGAGAAGAGUUGCUUACAGAUGAGUCGGACACGUUCACUGUGCCAAAGAUCUACACAGAAGCUUCCGGAGUGGAUGUGCUUACAGCUGAGUUCAUGGGUGGCACUGGCGUGACAAAAGUGCCUAACCUGACGCAAGCAGAGCGAGACUGGAUUGGCUCCAAUAUUCUGCGUUUAUGCUUGCGCGAGCUUAUGGAGUUCAAGUUCAUGCAAACUGACCCUAACUGGACCAACUUCCUGUACAACCGAUCGACAAAGAAGCUCGAGUUGCUAGACUUCGGUGCAAGUCGCGAAUUCCCGGACAAGUUCGUCGUACCAUACUGCGAACUGCUUAUCGCAGCAUCGAAGGGAGACCGUGAGGCAUGCAAGGACUUGUCUAUCGAGCUAGGCUAUCUCACAGGCCAUGAGAGUUCGGCCAUGUUGAAAGCUCACGUCGAUUCGAUUCUGACUCUUGCAGAGCCUUUCGUGGCCGAUGCACCAGAAGUUUACGACUUCAAAGGACAGACGGUUACAGACCGAGUACGACAAAACAUCGGGCUCAUGCUGAGAGAAAGGCUGGCGCCUCCGCCAGAAGAGACGUACAGUCUUCAUCGCAAACUGAGUGGUGCGUUUCUACUAUGUGCACGAUUGGAGAGCAAAGUGCAUGCAAGAGAAAUGUUCGCUCAAGCUGCAAGAGUGUGGCGAGGUAAAGCCGAGAAGGUCAAAGUAACGUGAACAGUACGUACGUAUAGACAAAUGUAGAAAUAGACUUGUACCGCAUCUCGUGAAGUGCUGCGAAAGUAUGUCGUUCUCCGGCAAUGCACAACUUGUUUGAUGAGUGAUCAGGAAGAAGCCCGAC